AUUUAAUUUACCGAAUCGAUUAAUUUGAUUAAAUUCCGUGUAAUGAUCCGUUUUAAAGAUUCGUUCAUUUCGUUCUUUCAGUAUUGACAACCAACAACGGGGUCUGCAAAUCUCUACAUGGAAUGUAAAACCAAACAAACCUAACCGUUGCUAGGCAGUUGUGGCAUGUUAAUAUCUGCUCUAUGUUCGUGAUCGAAAAUGAAUUUUGCACUUUGCACUGUUGUGCUAAAACGCUAACAGCUGUGAGCUCAUCGCGCUGAGCCCUGGCGCAGAGUCCGUUUUCAAGAUGGCGUCUUCCAUUCGCACGAUUUUGAGAUUUGGAAGUCCCAAGAUCUGCAAUGUGCGGACCAACUACACUUCGACUCGGGCCAACCUGAAGCUGACCAGUGCCAGUCGGGUGAUGUGCCAAGGCUUCACAGGGAAGCAGGGCACCUUCCACUGCAAGCAGGCAAUUGAAUACGGGACCAAAGUGGUGGGAGGAGUGUCUCCGGGAAAGGGCGGCAGAACGCACCUCAACCUCCCGGUUUUCAACACUGUCAAGGAGGCAAAGGACGCGACUAAUCCAGAUGCGACGGUGAUCUUCGUCCCGCCGCCGGGGGCUGCAGCGGCCAUAUUGGAAGCGGUGGAUGCAGAGGUUCCGCUCAUCGUAUGUGUCACGGAAGGAAUCCCACAGCAGGACAUGGUGCGGGUGAAACACCGGCUCCUCAAGCAGUCCAAGUCUCGCCUGGUGGGCCCCAACUGCCCAGGCGUUAUUGCACCGGAGCAGUGCAAGAUAGGCAUAAUGCCGGGACACAUCCACCAGCGCGGCUGUGUGGGCGUGGUGUCUCGCUCCGGCACGCUCACCUACGAGGCCGUGCAUCAGACCACACAGGUGGGUCUUGGGCAGACAAUGUGCUUCGGCAUUGGCGGGGACCCGUUCAAUGGCACGGACUUCAUCGACACGUUGGACUUCUUCCUCAAAGACCCGGAGACGAAGGGUAUCAUCCUGAUCGGGGAGAUCGGAGGCGUGGCGGAGGAGCAGGCCUCCGAAUAUCUCUUGAAGCAUAACUCGGGGGAGAAUUCCAAGCCCGUUGUUUCUUUCAUUGCUGGCAUCACCGCCCCUCCUGGCCGCAGAAUGGGCCACGCUGGAGCCAUCAUCUCCGGCGGAAAGGGCGGUGCACAGGACAAGAUAAAUGCCCUCGAAAAGGCUGGUGUGAUAGUGACACGCAGCCCAGCACAAAUGGGUGUCGAACUCCUCAAGGAAAUGAAGCGAAGAAACAUUGCCUAAUAGCUGCCGGGAAGCAACAAAUGUGGAUGCAGUUAAGUUUAGACACAUGGCUACAAAUAUAUGUUAUGUUGUUAUGUAUUCCAAAUACUUUUUGUAGCAAGUGUAGCCCCAUCCAUCCCCCUAAUGUUUAAAAAUGAAUGUUACAAAGGAACAAAAAAAUAGUAUUUAUUGUUUUAAAAUGCUGGACAAAACGAUUUAAAAAAAUUUUGUGUCCUAUUGUAUAUUUAUUGUAAAAUAUUAUGAUCAUGGAAGCAUAUUUAUUUUUUAUUUUAAGAGUGUAACACACUGCCAUUUAAUUUUGUUUAGUAACUAUAGUAUCUCUUCUCCCUGCCCGCCCUUCCGUGCGAAGAUAUAACGAUUAUUAAUGCACAAAUAUGAUUGUUUAUCUUGUAUGAUGAUGGAAGAAUACAAAUUUUGUGCCACUGGGUUAAGAGUGUGAUUCUAUGAGAUGUAAAUAAAUACUGAUAUGUUUAAAUAA